AUGCAGGAGAAGAAAGGGGAAACAGCCUCCAACAAAAAUCCUAAGAAGGCCAAUCUCUUGGAUCAUCACUCUAUCAAACACGUUUUGGAUGAAUCAGUUACCGAGAUCGUGACUAGCAAAGGAUAUCCAGAGGAUGUUAGGCUGAGUAACAUUCGGUUGUUUCUUGGGGCGAUCAUAAUUGUGAUCGCGCUUUUUGCCCAGUUCUACAACAAGAAGUUUCCGGAGAAUCGCAAUUUCCUCAUCGGUUGCAUUGCAUUAUAUCCUUUUUAUUUGUUUUUGUAUGUGAUAUUCAAUGGGAUAUUGCAACUGAUUAUCUACCUCAAGGAAAAAAAUGCGAUCUUGUUCACAUAUCCUCCACCGGACUCAUUCAACGCGACUGGCUUAAUCAUAACUUCAAAGCUACCAAGAUUUUCAGAUUUAUACUCACUCACCAUAGCUAGUGCCGACCCCAAAUCGAUAUCCGCGAAACCGCCUGUUGAAUUCACCAAAAGCGUGACCCAGUGGUUCACCAAAGAUGGUGUUUUAGUAGAGGGCCUUUUCUGGAAGGAUGUCGAGGGACUAAUGAAUGAUUAUGCAAAAGAAAGUAAAAAGAGCAAGUAA